AUAGUACAGAAUAUAAACAGUAAAUGAACAAAUAAUGAACAGUAAAUGGUAUGGUGAUGGGCUGUGGUAUGUUGGUAAGAGUGGAGGGGUGGGCAGGCCCCUGGCACCUCCCCCCCCUACCCGUCAUCACAACAACAACAAGGAUCAGCUGGCAGAUGUUCUUAAGAGUAAUAAUGUUCAAGCAAUUUCUAAAUCGAUCUCGACCCAUGGUGUUCAGGGGGUUGUCAACACAGGUGAAACCCUUUCCUGUGUUGAAGGAUACAAUAGAUACCACAUGUCCGCAACUGGCUGCAAGCAAAAAAAAGGCAGAAGAGCAAUUAUUUCAGCUUCAGAAGCUCAGUAACAUCUGUCUUGCAGGAGGUGGAGAAAGGGGCAUAGCCUUACAUGUCAACAAAAAUGGAAAGCUGUUAGUGCGAGAUAAAUUAAAGCUACUUCUUGAUGAGGAUUCUGACUACCUAGAGCUUUCACUGCUUGCUGGUCUUAAUAUGGAGUAUGGAGAUAUUCCUGCAGCAGGCAGUGUUAAUGGCAUUGGGAAGAUCCAAGGUAGAUACUGUGUAAUAAUUUGUAAUGAUGGAACUGUUACCAGUGGGACCUUCUAUCCUAUUACUGUUACAAAAAAUCUUCGGUCACAAACGAUUGGUGUGAUGAAUCGUCUUCCUUCUUUAUAUAUUGUAGAUUCUGCAGGUGGAUUUUUGCCUUUACAAUCUGACUUUUUUGCUGAUAAAAAUCAUGGUGGACGUGGUUUCCGUAACUCAGCUGUUAUGUCUGCAGCAGGGAUACCACAGAUGGCAGUGGUUUGUGGUUCCUGUACAGCAGGGGGGGCGUAUCAACCAUCUAUGUGUGAAGAUGCCGCAAUUGUAACCCGUAUUGGCACCAUCUUUCUGGGUGGGCCACCUCUGGUGAAAGCAGCCACCGGUGAGGACAUAUCUGCAGAAGACCUAGGUGGUGCUACUUUACACUGCAGUGUCAGUGGUGUUACUGAUUACUUUGCGGAAACAGAAGAAGAAGGUCUUGAAAUUGUACGUGACAUUGUUGCCACCCUUAAUGUUGACCCUCUCUCCCCUGCAUCAUUGGAUUCUGAAGAACCACUGUUGAACCCUGAUUUACUGAAUGCUUUGAGUGGUAUAGAUUCUAUUGACCGAAGAAAAUUGUAUGCAGUUAUUGGCAGAAUUGUGGAUGGUGGAAGAUUUCGUGAAUUUAAGCAGAAAUAUGGAAAGAAUCUUGCAACAGGAUAUGGUUUCAUUGAAGGGAGAUGUGUAGGAGUUAUAGGUAAUGCUGGACCUCUCACUUACCAGGAUGGUUUCAAAGGCUCACAUUUCAUACAGAUUUGUCAGCAACGGCAAUUACCACUAAUAUUCUUGCAGAAUUCUGGAAUCUUGGAAGAACAUGAAAUAUUCACAAGAGGUUUAUGUAUUGAUGACCUGCAUCAAGCCAUGAAGGGUAGAGCAGCCAUGAUGGCUGCUGUGUCAUGUGUGUCUGUGCCAAAAAUUACGAUCAACAUUGGCAGUUGCCAUGGAGAUGAUAACUAUACGAUGUGUGGACCAUCAUUUUCCCCAAACUUCAUUUUCUCAUGGCCAGGAGCAUGUGUAACCCACACUCUUAAUCCUCUAGCUGCAUCACUCCAGUCCCAGGAGAAGACGCCUACUGCACAAGGAAACACGAAGGUAAAUAAGCAACAUAAACCUCGGUCAGCAUUCAACUUCCCUGUAAACAGCUCCUGGUACCUGGCUUCACGAGGCCUCAUUGAUGGCAUUAUCAUUCCUUCAGACACCAGGAAGAUAAUUGCCCAGUGUUUGCGAAUUUGCAACCAGCAGAAAAGCAUGACCAAUAGCCCUAAGGACUUCCCAGUAUUCAGACUCUAAUCUAAAUGUACAAUAAUAUGAAAACUAUUAUUUUGAUAGAACUAUAAUUAUAAACUUUUAUAUUUUGCCCGAAACGCUAUGCGUACUAGUGGCUUUAGGUAUUGUAUGUACUAACUCUAUCAAUAAAUCAAUCAGAAUGUUUGUAACUCUGCAUCUCUGUAUGUACUUUUCCUAAAUAAAAUAUUAUUAUUAUUAUUUUGCUCAACAAGUACCUCAUGAAAUAUAAUUUACAAAUAUUUAAUUUCAACCAUAAUAUAAAUACCAUUUCCUGAAAUAAAAAGGUAUUUCCUG